CAAAAGCCUGGGCCUGGACCCAAUUCUAUUUGGGUGAUUAUAUUUGUAGACCUACAUGGUGACCAGCAGGUGUCCUCAUCUGGUCAUUUUUGUACAUAUACAAGUUUACCUCAAGCACAUAAAUUCAGCAUCCUGUUUUAGGAUUAUGGAAGACUAGUGUGGGAUUUAAAUGAGCAGAGCCCUGUUCUUAAAAUGUGGGUUUGCCAAUCAAGGCUAACGUCACGAUAAACGCUUUAAUCACAAUAAGGUAUUUAUAUCAGGGGAAUUUUGGUUUGACCAUAGCUUCGAUUUUGAAUAAAACAAAACAAUAUUAUGUAAUGAUAUAAACUCUUUAUAUGUUUGUUCUAAAAUGGGACAUUUUGCAUAAUGAGUCAUUUUUACUUUGGAAGAAAAGGUGCCUGCUGGGCUUUUAACUUGAAAGGUCACGUCGGAAGUUGUGUGUGGAGGCUAACUUCACGGAGUGGCUUUAAAUGGGAAUACCCUCUGCUGCUGUGGGAGUCUCCUUUAACGAAUCUCUCCGCGUCACUGGGAUGCGGUCGCCGGAGCCGGGCACAUAGCCGACCAUCCCAGCUCAUAUGCUCACUGCUGAGAGGGACCACUCAGCAUUUCCUCCACCCACCAAAGAUGACAGCUCCACCAAACCUGAGCCAUGCAGCGCCACAGCAACAGCGCUUUUUGGUGUUGUUCGACUUUGAUGAGACCAUCAUCAAUGAGAGCAGCGAUGAUGCUGUGGUGCGAGCUCUACCAGGCCAACACCUCCCCGACUGGCUGAGAAACAGCUACAGAGAGGGGCACUACAACGAGCACAUGCAGAAAGUCUUGGUCUACAUGGCGGAGCAGGGUGUGUCCGAGGACUCCAUCCGUUCAGCGGUGGAGAAGAUCCAGCCCUCCCCUGGCCUCCUGAACCUCUUCCAGUACCUGCACAGCCAUCAGCAGGACUUUGAGCUGGCAGUGGUCUCCGACGCCAACAUGUACAUCAUCGAGACGUGGCUGGAGCGUGCUGGAGUGCGUCACCUUUUCCGGAAGAUUUUCACAAACCCGGCAAGUUUCGAUAACUCCGGCUGUCUCAUGCUGCUCCCUUUCCACUCCCACUCCUGCUCAUGUUGCCCUGAAAACAUGUGCAAGCAGGUGAUCCUUCGAGAGUAUCUGGCAGGCCGACAAAAGGAGCGUGGUGGUGCCCCCUUCCAGAAAGUAUUCUAUAUUGGAGACGGGGCCAAUGAUAUCUGUCCCUCUUUGGCUCUGGGGCCCCGGGACACAGCUUUCCCCAGGAGGGACUUCCCCAUGCACAGGCUGCUUCUGGAGAGGCAGCAGUCUCAGACGGCCAAGUUCAAGGCAAAUGUCGUUCCCUGGGUCAGUGGUGAAGACAUAGUGGACUGCCUGAAGAAAAUAAUGGAGGAGAGAUGAGGUGUGUGUGCGUGUGUGUUGGUUUAAGUACAUGAGUGUUGGUUUAAGUACAUGAGGGGGGCAAAAACACCAGUCCUGGUGAGGAGUAGGAUAUGCAUGAUUUUAACCCAGCCACAGUUGCUACAAUCUGUAAAGAGUAUAUACAGUAGUUUGAAAUGAUUAGAAAUAUAUUUCAGAAUUUCCCUUUCUCAUGGAGAGUUCGAUUUGAUCAAUACCACUAUGAUAUCUGUACAGCUGCUACAUGUAUAUAGAUCAAAUGACUAAGAAUCAAAAACUGGGGGAAACUUCUAUCAGGCUAUGUCCAAAGGUGAUCAAAUCUGCCUGCAAACAAAUUAAGGGUGAAUAACGAAUAUAUGUCUCACAACAGUACAAAACAGCAAUUAACCUUUUACAUUUGUGGUUACAUACCAGGUUAUUUAUUGGACAUGUUAAACAAAUACGUAACACAUGUUAAUAAGAGACUUUUAGAGGUACAGAAAGGCCGAUUUCCCAAAAUGUUGAACUAUUCCUUUAAUUCUUGCAUGGUCUCAAAGCAUUCUGUUAUCUAAAUCAAUAGAAUUGCCGGGAUCAAUAUAGGGAUAAGUAAUACUGAUGCUGCAUAUAAUUUCUGGUUUUGGAGUCUUCUCAAAAUGUUACGAUCCUAAAAACUAGUGUACUGUGGAGAGAGCUAAAUCCAACGCAGUCAGCUCAUUUUAAACAUCUAAAACUCUUCUAAAUGUAAUUUAGGGUACAUUUGCUAGUAUCACUGACUUUUUUUAACUAAUCCUGGAGAUUUGACCACGAACAACAUCUACUCCACUCCUGGGGGUCUCUUGUGUUUACAGGCUCAUAUUUUAACCAUGUUACACCACUAUCAAGGACCUCGAUGAUAGAAAAAUCAGUAGGUUCAGGUGUUGCAGCGCUACAUGGGACAAAAGACCACAUAUGUUGUGUCAGGCAGCUACAAGGACAGCAUACAGCAGGGAUAAGGUAACAGAGACUCAUGCACAGUACCUGUGCUCUCUCCGUCACUCAGUACUGAUACCUAAUCUAGGGCGUGAUUAUAUAAGGGUAUUCUACACCAGCAUAAGAUCCAAAGGGAACGCUGUAGCCAUACGCCUGCACUUUGCCCAACAUUAUACCCUGUGACGAAACAAUGUAAGAAAGCUCGAUGCAAAGAACCAAUUGACGAUUUUGAAUUGUAUUUGUGUAGUUAUUAGCUAGCACUCACUGUACGUGUACACUAUACAAAACGUAUAUGUUAGUAUUAUAAAAAGCUAUUUGUUUAGUAGGAUUCAUAGUCUCUGAAAAGCCUUCUUCAUGUUUGAAUGAAUUCCCAAUGUGUGAGAGAGUGAUGAUGUACUUCUUUAGUAUAUCUGCAAACUCAACCUCAUGCUGCCUCACGAAAUCCAUAGCAGGAACUGGACAACAUCUUUUCAUAACACAACAAGGAGCACGUACUGGAGUACUUAGAUGGUGAACAGGGGCAUUUAUUCUUUCUUAAUAUUGAGGAAAUAGUGAAUAAUUAUUUCUUUCCGAAUUUGUUUUUCCAUCCUGUAACAGGGCAUGUAUAAUGUGUGUUUGUUGAUUGGUUCAGCCUGUUUAAGUUUUUCAUGUUAGUUUACAUUACACAAAAGUUAACGCUCACCCACAUUGGUCCUAUUUGGUAACUUUAGGCCAGACAUAGUAUCAAUUAUUCAGUGUAUGUUUGCAUUUUUCAUCCAUAUCCAUAUACUGAACAAGCCAUUACAGUUCACAAUAAGAACGGUGCUGAUGAAAAGCAGUCAACCAUAUAAGUAUAUACAGUAUAUAUUAUAAGCCUGAUAAUGAAUGAACAUUUCUAGCCUUAAAAAGCACCUUUAUGCUGUAAAAGUGUUGGAAAUGUUCCUUUUCAGUAUUUUAGUUUCUCAGGGAGUAAAGAAGAAAGUAUUAACCAUCAAACAUAGAGAAAUAUAUUUAUGUAUGAUGGGAACAGAUGUUUAUGAGAAGUAAUCAAUGCAUUAACAGUGUGAUCCUAAACCUCUGUGAGAUCAAAACAUAAUCCAUUAAUGCUUUGUGAUUGGGACACUAGAGGUCUGUUAGAUUUACUCCAUCUGCGAUAAAGAUGUAACAGAAGGUAUUUUAUUUAACUGUCGUGUGUAGUUGUAACACUUCCAUGUGCAAUAAUUAAAUGCUGUAUACUUUAUACAGUAUAAAAUAACGUUUAGGUUAAUCUUGAGGAACUUGAUAUUUGACAUUUCAGGGAUGUGUAUUGACACCAGAUCACCAAACUAGAGUUUUUGUAAUGAAACUUUAAAAUGGCAUUAUGGCUUCACAACAACCAAAUAAAAAGUAUAUGUUGUUACUACUUUGCUCAACUUAAAUGUUACUUUUUCAUUCAUUUGCGGUUUGCUGUAUCUUGUGUGUUUUUAAUCAAAAAUCAAUGUAUGUGUGUAAUGCAUCAGUGUAACAGGAAUAUAAAGCCAUUAUCUGAUGAAUCUG